AUGAGUGAUCCUACAGUCCAGCAGAGCGCCGUUACGGUGAGUCUGGAAGAUUUAAAGCAUGAUAAAGUAGACUUUUUGUCUCUGGAAGAAGCGUUUGGAGCCUCCUCUCUCGGCAUAAUCGUUGUGAAAGACCUUCCCGCAAAGUUUCACUCUCUUAGGCACCGCCUCCUCUCCUAUUCCUCAGCACUUGCCAGCCUGCCCAAAGAAGAGCUGGAAAAGCUUGAAUCUCCAGCAGCAAAAUGGCUGGUCGGCUGGUCUCUAGGAAAAGAAACUCUCAAAGACGGCCGCUACGACACACUCAAGGGAUCUUAUUACGUCAAUUGUUCUCCGCUCUUUCCCGGUCAACAGGCUACCGUGGCUGAAAAGUACCCUUCUUUCCCCGAGUACACGGCCCCCAAUGUAUGGCCAUCUAGAGACCUUCUACCGGAUUUCGAAGCCACCUUUAACGAGCUAUGUGCUUUGAUCAUUGACAUCGCCGCCCUGGUAGCACGCGCCUGUGACAAGUAUGCCGAAGCCAACAUCCCAGACUAUAAAAAGGGCUUCCUGGAGCACGUUGUGAAAACGAGCGUAAGCACCAAGGCGCGGCUACUACAUUACUUUCCCAAGGAAGGCGACGCCAAAGAAGGGGGCGAUGAAGACGACUGGUGCGCCACGCAUCUGGACCACGGAUGCCUCACCGGCCUAACAUCUGCCAUGUUCGUGGACGAGGCAGCACACCCGCCGCAGGCUGGCUCAUCUUUUGCUCCACUAAAGGAGCUCGAGCGCUCACCCGAUCCGAAGGCGGGACUGUACAUCCACUCGCGGACGGGCGCUGUUACGAAGGUCGGUAUACCGCGUGAUUGCUUGGGUUUCCAGACAGGAGAGGCACUAGAGAUUAUCACCAAGGGGAAGUUCAAGGCUGUUCCACAUUUCGUUCGGGGUGCAGGCGCGGGAAUCGGAGGAAAGGUAGCCAGGAAUACUCUAGCUGUGUUCACGCAGCCAAAUCUAUGGGAGAUGGUGGACGGGAAGAGGGACUUUGCGGCGUUUGCGAAGGAAAUCGUUGAGAAGAACCAUUAA